CGGCGGUUGCGGUCGGUAUAUAAGAUGCGGAGGGCAGGUUCGGUUUCAGCGUCGGCUUCCCUCGCGCCGCCCCGUCCUCCCGCCAGAUUGCACAUCCUACGCUGAAGUCGUCAUGGGCCUUUUCCAACUUCUGAUGAAGAAGAAGGAACUUAUUCCUUUAGUGACUUUUAUAAGCUUUGCGGCGGUCGGAGCCUCAUCCUUUGCUGUGUAUUCCUUGCAGAAAAGCGAUGUGAUCAUUGAUCGGAAAAGAAAUCCAGAACCCUGGGAGUCUGUGGAUCCAACUGUACCUCAAAAGCUUGUGACAAUCAACCAACAGUGGAAGCCCAUUGAAGAGUUGCAAAAGGUCCGCAAGGCAACCAAAUGAGCAGUCGUCACCUCUUCUUGCAAAGAGUACUCUAUGAAUCUAGUGGAAACAUUUCCGCACAGACUUGAUUAUGGGUGGCAGUGUGCGGAAGUGCUUCUGCUACAUUUUUAGGGUUUGCCUCCAUUUUUUCUGGACUCUGGAUAAAGAAUUAAAGGUAGCUCAGUCCUAACUACAUAGUCCAAACAUAAGUUUUGGUGUUUAUUAUUGUAAAUUUUGAAUUUUGCAUAUUGGAAUUUGUGUGUUUCUGAUGCCAGGAUGUUUUUUUCUUUUUCUGAAAUGUAUAGAUUUGUACAUGAGAUGCCUAUAAUAAAACAACAUUUGUGCAA